AUGAAGCCGGUGCCCCUGCUCCUGCUCCUCUCCUCGGUCCUCCUCUCCUCGCACCUCCGCCCCGCUGCCGGCAGACCGCGCGUCCUCCCCGGCUGGCUGGAUGGCAGCAGCCGCCUCCAGAUGCAGCGCCUGGAGGAGUCUCUCCUCAGAGCAGCUAUAGCCGGGGAAACCGCAUCCUCGGAUCUACUGGACGAGAACAUCCUGCGGUUCCUGGAGAGCAGAAACCCGGACCCUCUGCACCUGCUGCCCGCUGAAGAAGGGGAGGUGAGGGCGGCGGUGCAUCUGCUGAAGAGGAGCGAAGACCCCCCGCUGUCCAUCGACCUCACCUUCCACCUGCUGAGGAAUAUGAUCCAGAUUGCGAAGGUGGAGAACCAGCGGGAGCAGGCGCUGCUGAACCGCAAUCUGCUGGACGAGGUCGGGAAGUAAUUACGCUCUAUUUUUUUAUUCUAAAUGCCUCAUUCCAAACAGCCAAAACAGCCGCUGUGUUAAAUAAUCAAGACUUUUGACAUUAGUUGUUGUUUGUGUGCCUGCCUUCCUCUCCACCUCGCCAACAUUUUACGUACAGAUGGUGCCAAUUUACGCAUCACAGCAUCCGCGCGUAAAAUGGGUUUUCUUUAGUUUUCUUUAAAGACUUUUUGAUGGAAAAGAUGGAAACGGACCUUCCAGACCCUCUUACUCCCUCCUCACCCCUUCAUCCCCCUGAUCUCACCCUCAAACUCCUCACACACUGCUCUUUGCACUGGACUUUGGAAAGGGAAACUGGAUUUCACAUUUGAACACAUUUGAUCAUUGAUCGAUGUUUUGAUGCUUGAAGUGAA